GUAGUUUCUAUUGGGAGAAGGUCAAAUGACUCCGCAUGUCUGCUUCUGUGUACAUUCCCGCGAUGGUGCACGCCUGAUGAAGAAACACUUCCAGCAUUAAACCGUGUGUCCGAAUAUAUUUGCGAGCAUCUGAAGCGGUUCCUCGCUUUAUCUCCUUCUGAAAGUUUGAAAAGUCAACAUCAAGCCUCGACCUCCCAAAGGCUCUGAGCAGAAGAAAGAAGACGCCGCCAAGAUGUUCAGCACCAAAAGACUGAAGAAGAAGUCUCAGUCGGUGGAUAUUGCCAGUCAAGGUUUCUCCCCGACUCUGGUUCCAGCCUCGCCCCUCAACAAGGCAGCACCACCUGUUGCCAAGACAACCACCGUCCUUGCCGUGCAGGAAAACAACACUACUAAUUCUCAGCGCCGCAGCCCAAGGUGUGGCGAGCUGAAGAGAGGCUAUACCAUAGAUACUGGCCAGAAGAAGACUCCAGAGAAGAAGGAUGGGAGGCGCAUGUCGUUCCAGAGACCCAAAGGGACCACUGAAUAUUCUGUGGAAUCGCGGGACACGUUGAACAGCAUUGCGCUCAAGUUUGACACCACACCCAACGAACUGGUUCAGCUAAAUAAGCUGUUCUCCAGAGCAGUGGUGCCUGGCCAGGUUCUGUAUGUUCCUGAUCCCGAGUACGUCUCAAGUGUCGGAAGCUCCCCUUCCCUCAGUCCCAUCAGCCCCCUGUCUCCCACUUCCUCAGAAGCUGAUUUAGAGAAGGUGACGGACUCUGAUGGCCCCCCCAGACCAGAAGGCAUUCACCCUCCAGUGUUCCCUGCCCUGCGCCAGUCCAGAGUGGUGUCAUCCACCUCCGAGGAGGAAGAGGCCCUUACAGAGAAGUUUCUCAAGAUCAACUGCAAGUACAUCACUGAUGGCAAGGGUGCGGUCAGCGGGGUAUUGCUGGUGACACCUAACAACAUCAUGUUCGACCCUCAUCGAAUGGACCCCCUGGUUCAAGCCCAUGGGUGCGAGGAGUACGGCAUCAUGUGCCCUCUGGAGGAUUUGCAGUCUGCUGCCAUCUACAAGGAGAUCACUGACCCCAAGAUCAGAGAGGCUGUGCCAGAUGACCUGGAGCCUCUUCCGACCGAGAGACAUCCCUCCCAGCAGAAGGACCCAGAGCAGCGCCUGAGGGAGCCUGGGGCCAGCGACAGCGGUAGCACGGCCCCGCGCAGCACGGAGGGCUCCGUCUCCGAAGACGUCUUUACCGAGCCUGAGCUGUCCCCUAUUCGGGAGGAGGAACAAGCGUCUAAUGAGGACCUCCGUCUGGACAAGUCCUCUGGCACUUCCACAGAGUCUGUGCUAACCGUCACCCAGGUGGAUGCCACCACUGCUGGCUCUCAGGCCCCAGGCAGUGCCCGUGGCUCAGUCGGCCAGACUGAGGACCCUGCCACGGCAAAACCAGAGGACAAUCCACAAGACACUGCCACAGAAAAUGAUAGCCAGUCCCCCAUGGGAUCCAAGCAGCACAGUGUAGAGAAGCCACCAAGCACACCCACUACCAGCAGCAGCACUAGCCAAGCCCAGGGUCCCAGCAGCAACACCUCUCGCCCAGGGUCCCAAAGCUCAGCCUCCCCUGGUGCCACAGGUACCACCUCAGUCUCAGCCAGUCCACAGGGGGAUGCCAAUGAGGGGACAGAUGUCUCAAAAACAGACACUAUGCAACAAGGAAAGGAGGAAAAGGAGAAUGUGGAGCAGAUGCCGAAGGACAGCAUGGAGAACUCUGCAGAGGCUGCAACCCUACGUCGAAAUUCUUCUGAAGACUAUCAAAGUACAGAGUCUGCAGAGAGACGGAGGCACCGCUCUCACAAGUUCUUGUGCUUGCGGGUAGGGAAACCCAUGAAGAAGACGUUUGUUUCCAACGCCAGCGCCUCCAUGCAGCAGUAUGCUCAGCAGGGCAAGAAGCACGAGUACUGGUUUGCUGUGCCACAAGAGAGGUCAGACCACCUGUAUGUGUUCUUCAUGCAGUGGAGCCCAGACAUGUACGGUGAGGGGGUCAGGGGGAUGGGACAAGAGCCUGGGUUUAAAGUUGUGAAGAAAAAUGAGGUGUCAGAAUCAGCUGAGGAUGAGCCCGUCACUGACCUCAACGUUAAGGAAUGGGAGGUAGUGUCUCUGACGGAGUACCACCGUCGGAUUGAUGCACUAAACAGUGAAGAUCUGCGCUCGCUCUGCAAACGACUCCAGAUCACUACAAAGGAAGAAGUCAACUCCAAGCAUGGCACCUCCAUCAAGACUGAGCUUGAGCCUGAAACAUUCAAACCCAACCUCAAAGAAGCCAGUGAUCUUCUGGAGGCUGACCAGAUAGAGAAGCUUGCCAGGAAUCUCCCACCUCGGACCAUUGGGUACCCAUGGACGCUGGCUUUUGGCACCUCAAAGCAUGGCAUGAGCAUUAAGACACUAUACAGGGCCAUGCAGGGCCAGGACACCCCAGUGCUCAUGGUUAUUAAGGAUAGCGAUGGCCAGGUGUUUGGUGCGUUGGCAUCUGAGCCCUUUAAAGUCAGUGAUGGCUUUUAUGGCACAGGAGAGACCUUUCUCUUCACCUUCAAUCCAGAGUUUGAGGUGUACAAAUGGACAGGUGACAACAUGUUCUUCAUCAAAGGAGAUAUGGACUCAUUAGCUUUUGGGGGAGGAAGUGGUGAGUUUGGCCUCUGGCUGGAUGGAGACCUCUACCAUGGCAGGAGUCACUCUUGUAAAACAUUUGGAAACCCUAUGCUCUCAAAAAAGGAGGAUUUCUAUGUGCAGGACAUAGAGGUCUGGGCUUUUGAGUAACAAAACAGUACACCACAGGAGGAAAAACCUGUAAAGGGCAAACAGAGGAGUCCUCGUCCUUUAGAACAAUGGCAACGUCCCAAACCUAACUGCACAUCACCAGGGCUCCCCAGGCCGGAAGCCAGCUAUCGGAUGCUUGUUGUGCGUUACUACUGCAGUUAUUACAGAGCUUUUUUUCUUUGUGAAAAAUUACCUUUGUGUGUAUGUUGUUACAGCCUUGUGCAGCGUCUUUGCAGAGUAGGAGGAGUGUGUAAAGCAGUCAGUGAAAUGGUAAGAUGAGGUUGCAUCAGGGGGAUGAGGAGAGGGGAAGCAGUGAAGGAACCACCAAGGCUUGAAGAGCAAAGGACCAUCGGAGCUCCUCUCACCUGAGAGGUGGUGAAGAUGAUGACAGCUGAGGUUUGGGACAGCUGCGAGAAGUGAGAACUGCCUUACUGGUCCAGAUUGUCAAUCUGAACUUUACAGAAGCUCAAGGAGGCGCUGGCACCCUCUCAGACCCCCUAGAACUUUGUUCAUUUGGUAGGAUGUUACUCACUUUGCUGUCAGCCUUGAUGGAGAGAGAGAGACCCAGUUAGAGGGAAAUAAAUGAGACAAAAGCUGAACACAUUCCGUUAAUCUUGGUGGUGGUGGAGUGUCAAAAUAAAGUUGGGGUUUGUGGGAAAACACUGAUAUACAGAACUCAUCAGCAGCAGGAUACUAUAACACUUAACUCAGAGAAGAGAAGAUAUUUGCAGGGGGGAGGGAGGGGCUUAGUCUUUUUACAGUACAGUUUUGGGUUGUCUUCUGAGGCUAAACUAUAGAGUAUUGUGUAUUGUAGUCCUCCUGUUGUUCACCGUCAUGGCACACCAUCUGAAAGCACAUAGCUAUAAUCUGAUCACCCAUCAUCGUAAUGUUCUGUUCAGUGGGUGUAUGUGUGAGUCCAGCUAACACCAGCUCCUCUCACAGGAUGCUGGCUGUACUGUUUGUAGACAGUAAUGUGUUGCAAUAGAUAUGUGGAAUAUGCAAAUAACUGUCCUGUGACCUCAAAUACCCGCAGGUCGUGGUACUUUUGCCGCUGCCUGUUGCUUUUUCAAGAGAGAAACUUGUAAAGCUUUUACGUCUUGAUACACAAUUGCUUUUCUGGGUAUCAUUUGAAAAGCCUGAGACGUGGUUAACUGUUUUACAUGCAUAUAUGACAAUUAUAUAUUGGUAUAUAUGAUUAUAUAUGGAUUUAUAUAAUCGUAUAUAUUUUGCUGUUAAGUGUGACAGUGAUCUAUUUGUGCUGAUAUUUCAGCUGUUAAAAUAUAAUGUAUAUUACCCUGUAAAUUAAUGUUAAAAUAGUAGAUUUGUUUAUAUAUAUAUCUAUAUCUAUAGAUAUAUAUAGAUAUAUAUAUAUAUCACACCUACAUAAUGCUAUAUAAAUAUAUAUAUAUAUAUAAAAAAUAUAUAAAAUAAAGUGUGGAUUGGUGGGUUGCUUCUAGCACUUUAAUCUGGUGUAAAAGCGUCAUGGCCAGGUUCUUAUAUUCUCUUAGCAGUAGCUGUACAAUACUUCUUUGUUUAGAUCAUUAAGAUGUUAACUGUUAGUAGAAAGCUUUCUGCUACCAAUAUCAAUAAGGGUAUGCCCUAAAGCUCUGUUUGUCUAAAAAGGAGGAUUACUCUAAGGUAGGAAGGGGGGGUUGAACGUGGCUAAACGUGACGGCAGGGCUUCGGUUUCUCUCCUCAUGUGGCUGUCAGGUGAGUCUCAGUAGGCACAGGUAGGUAUGAAGGCAGGCUGACCUCUGAUUGGCAGAUGGAGGCGGACAAAGGGAAGUGUGUACAGUACAUAACCCUCCCCCCAGGAGCUUUCUUCCCCCCUUCCUGGUCUUCCACACCAGUAUUUGUGUUCUUGUGGGGCGUCACAAAGAGUAACAUGGAUAAUUCUUCCAAUUAUUUCACCAGAAUACAAUGUAUCAGUGAUGUAUAAAUAACAAUAAAGCGGAAUUAAUUGUUGUAACCUGGGAUAUGACUGAAUUUCUGAUGGGGUUUUAUGUGUACUAUUUUGUUUUUAUUAAAAUCCUCUCAGGUCAUG